CAUUUUGAAGGCCAAAAUAAAAUCUAUCAGCAAGAUUUUUGCCCUUUUGUUUUCUAACAUAUUUUAGUGUGAAAUUAUGGAAAUUGAUCUUUGAGCACGAUCUCUUUCUCUACCAUCCUCUUUCUUACUCUCUUGGUCUCUCACUCUUUCGUCUUUACCAUGCUACACUGCAUCAUAAGAGAAAAAGUGGAGAAAGGAAAAAUCGAGGAGCGGAAGAGAUGCAUUCUUUGGUUUGGAAACAUGGAUUCCAUGCUGAGGUAUUUGUUGUCAGUGCAUUAGUUGACAUGUAUGCCAAGUGCUGUGAUAUGAGGAUGGCCGAGAAGGUGUUUGAGGAAAUGCCCGUGAGAAACCUUGUGUCUUGGAACUCUAUGAUUGUGGGGUUCUUGCAGAACAAGCUUUAUGAUCAGGCCAUUUUCUUCUUUAAGACGCUUCUAUUGGAGAAUUUAACUGCUCUUGAUGAAGUAAGCUUUUCUAGCGUCUUUAGUGCUUGUGCCAAUGCUGGUAACUUGGCGUUUGGGAAACAAGUUCAUGGAGUUGCUCUGAAGCUUGGUGUCAGGAAUUUGGUUUAUAUAAAUAACUCGCUGAUUGACAUGUAUAGUAAAUGUGGCUUAUUCAACGAGGUUGCAAAGUUGUUUUCAAACAUUGGAGCCAGAGAUGUAGUUACUUGGAACAUAAUGAUCAUGGCAUGCGUUCAUAAUCACAAUUAUGAAGAUGCCUGCAAUAGCUUUUGGAUGAUGAGAAAGAAAGGUUCAAUACCUGAUGAAGCAUCAUACUCUUCUGUUCUUCAUUCUUGCGCAAAUCUUGCAACAUUAUAUCAGGGAACACUGAUCCAUAAUCAGAUCAUACGAUCUGGGUUUGUUAAGAACCUGUGUGUUGCAAGUUCUUUGAUUAAGAUGUAUGCAAAAUGUGGCAGCUUGGUAGAUGCUUUCCAGAUAUUUGAAGAGAUUGAGGACCGUAAUGUGGUUUGUUGGACAGCUAUCAUUACAGCUUGUCAACAACACGGUCAUGCUAACCGGGUUGUUGAGUUAUUCGAACAAAUGUUGAGAGAGGGGAUUAAACCCGAUUAUAUUACUUUUGUUUCUGUUCUCUCCGCUUGCAGCCACACUGGUCGAGUUGAAGAAGGAUUUUUCUACUUUAAUUCAAUGAUUAAACUGCAUGGUAUAUUCCCUGGACAUGAACAUUAUGCGUGUAUAGUUGACUUGCUUAGUCGCGCUGGAGAGUUGAAUAGAGCUAAGAGAUUUAUAGAAUUGAUGCCUAUCAAACCAGAUGCCUCAGUAUGGGGUGCUUUGCUUAGUGCUUGCAGAAAUCAUAGCAACCUUGUAAUGGGUAAGGAAGUAGCGCUGAAACUUUUUGAACUGGAACCAGAUAAUCCUGGAAAUUAUGUGCUGCUUUGUAACAUCUUGACGCGUAAUGGGAUGUUAAAUGAGGCUGAUAAAGUUAGAAGAAAGAUGGAAAGGAUUGGGGUGAGAAAGGAACCAGGUUGCAGUUGGAUCGACGUAAAGAAUUCAACAUAUGUAUUCACAGUUCAUGACAAGUCACAUGAGAAAACGAAGGAGAUCUAUGAAAUGUUAGAAAACCUAAAGGAGUUAGUAAAGAAGAAAGGGUAUGUGGCUGAAACUGAAUUUGCAAUAAACACUGCAGAAGAGUACAAGGAGCAAAGCUUGUGGUAUCAUACUGAGAAACUAGCUCUUGCAUUUGGGCUGCUGAGCCUUCCUGCUGGGGCUCCAAUUAGGAUAAAAAAGAAUCUAAGAACUUGUGGAGAUUGUCAUACUGUCAUGAAGUUCGCUUCCGAAAUUUUUGCCCGAGAGAUUAUAGUAAGAGAUAUAAACAGAUUCCACCACUUCACCAAUGGGAUUUGUUCUUGUGGAGAUUACUGGUGAUUGAUUUUUCAUUUUUCCUAGAAGGGGCUGCAAGAUUUAUCUAUUUAUAUUAUCUAAAAGCUGUAAGGGAGAAAUCUGAUUUCUCUUCCUCAUUUCGUGGGUGGUUCUAGAGUUUAAAUUCAAAUCAUUAACAUUUUAAAGUUUUAUAAAAUGAACUAAAAUAUUUAUAAUAA